AUGAACCGUAUUGAUAAAUCUGAUUCCAAUUGUGAUGAUGAAAGGAUUGUAGCUUAUUUUGGGUUGCUGUUGAGUGAUAUUUCUAUUGAUGUGUUGAGUUCUGUUGUUGGCUCAGACGAUGAUUUUGUGGGUUUUAAGGAGACCAUUGAUGAUUGUGUUGGAUUUCUGGUUGCUAGUGUAGAAGAGUCUGUUGGAAUGUUUUGUCCUUUUAAAGACAGUGUGAAUCCCAAGUUCAAUAUUCCUGCAUACUUAAAUGAAGAAAAUGAUCGUGUGAUUUUGGAUUUAACUGAUGGUGAAGUUGUGACUCUGGAAUUGGGUGUUUGGAAUGUUGAUUCCUUGUAUUCAAGUGAUUCUGCCCUUGAUGUCAAUGACACUGUUCUAGAAUCUGGGGUCGAGUGGAAAGGUGUCGAUAGUAAGGGAAACCAUCAGAGUCUAUUUGCUAUUGAACCAUGCGGAAUUAAAGUCGAAAUGGAAUCUAUAAUGUCCAAGGUGGUUUGUUCAGAACCAGAAAGUGGUUCUAAAGUUUUAGAAAAAGUUAAAAGGGAACCUGUUGGUAUGAUGCUUUUAGUCGAUACUGCUUUGGUUAAAUUUGAUCUUGAUCAUGACGGUGAAAUGAUAUUAGAUGACUGUUUUAUGCCUUUGAAUGAUGUUUCUGCUGAUAUGAUGGAUUACGACUUUGAGAUUUUAGAAACUGAUAUAUCCAGGAAGUGUAUGGUUGACUAUAAGUGGACUAAGCAUGGCUGCAUUCAUGAAAACACCUGUGGAUCUCAUUUUUGGGUUAUUGUGGUUGAGAAGUACUGUGCAUUUCCGGCGAAAUCUGGUUGGAAAAUUGCGUGGUUUUACUUUGAAUUUGUGUUACAUUUGCAUGACCUGUUAGAGCCUUUAGUUUACAAUUCAAACGAAUUGCAUGUUGUUGAUGAUUUUCAAGUUUUUGAUGAACUGUGGGAUGUUGAGAACAAUGCCCGUGCUAUGCUGAAAAAAGUGGCUGCAAAAUCAGUUGAUUUUGAGUCGGGAUUAGAAUGUCCUAGUGAUGCCAAUGUUCAGCUUGAGAGUCCAAGUCUUGAAGAGUCCUUUGAUCUCACUGAAGAAAUGGGUACAGUAGAGGUAACCAAUGAUGAACAUUAUGGAUGUGUUUAUCUGAACCUUGACUAUAUUGUUACUUUUACUAUUGCUGUUGAGUCUACUGGUAAUGUUUUGUCAAAAAGUUGUCCUUAUGAUGCAUAUGAUGUAGCUACUAGAAGUCAUCUAUUGGGCAGAAACUCUACUGAUGUUAGAUCUUAUAUGAAUGGUGCUCAGUUAGGUGGUGUGCCCAGAUUAAGCUGUUUUAAGGGUAAUUUAAAAGGAGUCAUAAGCUUGGUAUAUAUUCAAAAUUUUUGUGAUCAUGAAUGUGUCAAAGUGAAUGUGUAUCAAAACUUCAAAAGGCAUCAGUCAUCUUAUGAUGUGAACCUCGGGUUACAGAUUGGUUUUGUUUCCAACAUUCUGUCUUGUGCCAACUGUUCCACUUGGGUUCACUCUGUAUUUUUGCCAUAUGAUCCUGGAGGAAGGAGUACAUAUGCAGUUCCAUUUGGUUUAAUUUUUGUUGAACUUGUGCAUUGCGGUAGUAAAGAUACUCUGUUUAAGAGUUUAGAUGGUACUGUUUUGAUCGAGUUGAACUGCAAGUAUGUUGAUGCUGGUUUAUUUUUGUUUUUGAGUUCUUCCAUUACUAAAAAUGUUGGCUGCCUAUUUGCAAUUGAUCCUGGGGGAUUAGUACAUCUUUCCAGUGCUGAAAACGUUUGUUCAUAUAGAGCGAUUAAAAAAGGCUAUGUUCUUGGUAUUCAUUAUGGGGAUUCUUUGCAUUCAAAGGCUGAUUUAGAGUUUCAGAAUCGGGAAGGAAUACAGUGGUAUAAGGAAGGAAUGUUUAUUGCCUCGGGAGCUAAUAGAAGUAUCAUCUUGGAUGUGGAAUUCGAAUUGCUUCAAUGGCAAACUGAUUGGGGUCAGGGUACAUCUGCUGUAAGGACAUGGUAUGCUGAAACGCCAUUUGGAGGCACAAACAGAGAACACAGUCCCUGGACUCGAAUUGUGACUUGUUUCAGGGGCGGGACAAUUGUUUGUGAAGGAAAUGCUGCAUCAAUGGAAGUGGAUAAUGACACCAAUUUCAUUUGGAUGAUUGCGUGGUACACCUUGGGAGCUGUUGCCGUGGGAUUGGAAGCUGGUUCUAAUUUUUAUCAAUGUUGUUCUGCCGACGGGAUGCCGUCCUCGACGGCUACACUUCAUGUGAAUGCUUCCCCAUCGUCGGGAAGAAAAAUGCCGGACAAUCUGUUUGGCGUAUUUUGGGAGGAGAUCAAUCAUGCCGGCCAUGGAGGGGUUUGGGCUGAGCUGGUUAGCAACCGAGGGUUUGAAGCGAGGGAUGGAAACAACAAAUUGAUUCUGGAUCCUUGGACUACAGUUGGAGAUGCUUCCUCUGUACGGAUUUCAACAGACAAUUCUUCGUUAUUUCAAAAGAACAAAGUUGCAUUAAAAAUGGAGGUUCUUUGCGAUAAGUGCCCUCAAGGAGGUGUUGGGAUUUCUAACCCUGGAUUUUGGGGAAUGAAUAUUGUGGAGAAAAAGAGUUACAAUGUGGUUUUCUAUGUACGUUCUCAAGAUCCAAUCGAUUUAUUCGUGACACUCAAGGGUUCAAAUGGAAAGAAUCUUGCUCAGCAACAUCUGGCUGAUGACAAGGUUUCAAACUGGAAAAAGAUAGAAAUGGAGUUAAAAGCAACAGCGAGUGAUACGAAGUCCAGCUUGCAGUUGACUACUUCAAAGAAAGGUGUCAUUUGGUUUGAUCAAGUCUCGGUGAUGCCUCAAGACACAUACAAGGGACAUGGUUUCCGGCAAGAUCUGUUUAAAAUGGCUCAAGGUCUGAAGCCUAAAUUUUUUAGAUUUCCGGGUGGAUGUUUUGUUGAAGGAAAAAAUUUGCCAUAUGCUCUUGCCUGGAAAGACACCGUUGGGCCUUGGGAAGAGAGGCCUGGACACUAUAAUGACAUUUGGAACUACUGGACUGAUGAUGCUUUGGGCCAUUUUGAAGGUCUCCAACUUGCAGAGGACCUUGGUGCAUUGCCAGUAUGGGUCUUUAGUAUAGGAAUCAGUGUUGAAGGAGAUGAAGUCGAUCCAGACCACGUUGGGCCUCUAAUCCAAGAUGCUUUGGAUGGAAUCGAGUUUGCCGUAGGGGACCCUAAAUCCAAAUGGGGUUCAGUCAGAGCUGCAAUGGGUCAUCCUAAACCCUUUGAUUUACGACAUGUUGCUCCCGGAAACGAGGAUUGUGGGAAGCCAAACUACAACGGAAAUUACCAGAAAAGCUAUGAUGCAAUACGCAAAGCCUAUCCAAACAUCAAAAUUAUCUCAAAUUGUGAUGGAUCUGUUCAACCGCUCGCACAACCGGCUGAUCUUUAUGAUUAUCACACUUAUCCAAAUGCAACCGACAUGUAUGAUCAACAACACCACUUCGACAAAAGCCCCCGAAAUGGUGCAAAGGCAUUUGUGAGCGAGUAUGCUGUGUACGGCAAAGAUGCUGGAAUGGGUUCCCUUUUGGGUGCAUUGGCCGAGUCCGCAUUUCUCAUGGGCUUGGAAAGAAAUAGUGAUGUUGUUGAACUCGCAAGCUAUGCGCCUUUGUUCACUAAUAUCAACGACAAGACGUGGAUUCCUGAUUCAAUAUAUUUUGACUCUUGGAGAGUUUAUGCUACUCCUAGUUACUAUAUGCAACAAUUCUUCAUUCAGUCAAAUGGAGCAACUUACCUUAACUCGGCCCUAAACACUUCAGAUUCAGUUACCGCGAGUGCUAUUUUGUGGCAAGAUAAGAAGAACAAAAAGCACUUGAGAAUCAAGGUCGUGAAUUUUGGGAAGAGCACAGUAAAUCUCAAUAUUUCAAUCGAGGGAUUAGGAUCGAACUCCCUAAAUCCCAGCAAAGCCAGAAAGAUAGUGAUGACCUCUACCAAUCCUAUGGACGAGAAUUCGUUUGAGCAACCCACAAAGAUUGCACCAGUAACAAGUAAGUUAGAGAAGGCUGGGAAUGAUAUGAAUUUUGUCCUCUCACCCUACUCUCUCAACUCCUUUGAUAUGUCCCUCUAA